AUGUCUUCUAUGGAAAACAACCAAAUUCCCCAAGCCACGAUACCCCCGAGGCGAUCAGCUUCAAACAGGCGCCAUGGACAGAAGAGGAUCCCUAGAAAACCGGUGCCACAGCGGCGGCCGAAUUCUUCGAGAAGUUUUACGCAGACCUUCGCAUGGUUGAGCGGUGCUCUGCUGGACCGUGACAGUACACCCACCGUCCAGGAGGAAGAACAGUCACAGCUGAAUGAAUUCAACAGACAUUCAUAUCGUUACACCUCUCAGUUCGACCCGCGCAUGCAAUCUGGACUUACUCUGUAUGACCCGGAACUUCAGCCAAAUCGAUUGUCCAAGCCACCAGACGCGUCUACGAGAUCUAGUGUUGUUGACGCGCUAAAUCUUGAUUGGCAAUUGCCGCCAUUGUCUCGACCCUUUGCUGACAUUGAUGUUUCAUCGGUCCUAAAUGUUGCAAUUGAAGCGCAAGCAAAUCUAUCACCUCCUGCACCUGGAGAUGCGCCGCCUCCUAAUGGCGGUCUGAUCGCAUGGCUGCAGGUGCUUGGAGCAUUCUUCUGCUACUUUAACAGCUGGGGGACCAUGAACUCAUUUGGUGCUUUUCAAACAUAUUACGAAACCCGUUCCGACUGGCAUAGAAGUCCGUCCGAGAUAUCUUGGAUCGGGUCCGUUCAGUCGUUCCUGUCACUGAUGGUAGGAGUCGUGACUGGACCUCUGUACGAUGCAGGGUAUUUCCGAUACAUUAUCUGUGCUGGCGGGUUCCUCGUCCCUUUUGGAUACAUGAUGACCAGCAUCUGCACCCAGUACUGGCAAGUGCUGUUAGCGCAGGGUUUUGUCAUUGGAAUAGGUAACGGCUGCCUGUUCGUGCCUGCUGCUGCAAUUCUACCACAGUAUUUCAGCACCAAAAACCCGCUUGUCAAUGGCAUCGCAGCUAGCGGCUCAAGUCUGGGUGGAAUUGUGAUUCCGUUCGUUAUGACCCGCCUUGAACGACAGAUUGGCUUCGGAUGGGCAACGCGAACCGUCGGCUUCAUCGCGGCGGCUACAGCCACAGUCAGUAUCGCGUUUAUGAAGCCUCGUUUGACCCCGAAGAGCCAACGCAAGCUACUCGAUCUUGCCGCUUUCAAAGAGCCAACCUACUCUUACUUCACAGGAGGACUUGCAAUAGCAUUUAUUGGAUUCGCCGUGCCCACAUUUUACCUCGGUACCUUCGCAUCCACUACGGGCGUUGCUAGCGAGGAAUUCUCUUUCUACUACCUGCCUAUUCUCAAUGCCGCGUCGACAUUUGGUCGUAUCAUCCCGGCCAUUCUAGCGGCAAAGUACGGCCCGCUGAACGUCUUAAUUCCGAUCUGUUUGUUCGCUGGCUCGCUGGCUUUGAUAUGGACAACCAUCAAGACCUCCGCCGGCACGAUCGUGUUUGCCAUCUUCUACGGAUUUUGUUCCGGAGGCUUUGCAGCCAUGUCGCCCAUCGCCCUGGUGACGCUGACACCUGAUCUUCGCACACUUGGAACGCGUAUGGGUCAGCUGUUCUUCUGCUGCGCAAUGGGACUUCUAGCGGGACCGCCGUCUGCCGGUGCGAUCCUGAAUACGACCAAAUCUUGGAUCGCACUAAAAUGCUUUGCUGGUGGUACCGUUGUAGCUGGUGGACUGGUUUUGAUUUUUGCGAGAGUUAGCAGGGUGGGUUGGAGUCUAAAGAAAAAGGCCUAA